AUGAUCACCUUUCAAGAACCGGAUGUAAUUGCAGCAACACAAGAGACACUAAGAAAAUUCUUCCCCUGCAGGUCACCCCUGAUUGAACAUGAACAUGGACUUGGUCCGUCGGGCCUGGAUCGUAUCCGUCAACCCUCACGAGUCUUGACCCUUCCGAACAUGUCGACUUCAUCCCUGAUUCCUGUCACAUCCCGAAGCCACUCGCCCUCACCUCGCUCUCGGUCAACGUCACGGACCUAUUCCACGCGGAUCUCGUUGAACGAGGCUGGCGCCUUAGAGGAUCUCCAUCGAUUCCCUUGCGAAUCCUUACACUCAUUCUCCUUUUCCCAACAAUCAGAGGAGCUACUACACAGCCGUCAGAACAUAUUGAAACGAUCUAUAGACUUCAUGCGCGACCGCUUUGGAUGGGCUGCAAACGGUCCCGGAAUUGUGAAUGCGCAGGCUCGCGUAAGUGGUGAUGCAGAGGUUCAAAACGUGGUGGAUUUGCUGUCAAAGGCGAACAUCUUGGGAAGGGAGGACCGAUAUAACUACGCACGCGGCCCUAUGACUGGUCCUGCGUUCGUGGACACAGGUGAUGUCUUCGAGAAAGCUUUCUCCGAGUCCCAGCGUCCGAUGGCUGAGAUCAAAGAACUACCUCACGGAGGUGCACCAAAUACGGAACAAACGGAUUCCGUGAGCGACUUAACCGGUCCCCAAGUCUCGACUCAACGGAGAGGGAGGAGGUCCACCCCCUCAUCCAGGCGCGUAAGCUUAAAACGUACAUACACGGAUGUUAGCUCUGGUACCCUUCAGGGCAAGCUGAUGGAAGGUCUAGCACAACCCUAUUCUGCCACGGAGCCCUUCUCCCCGACGAGCAACACUUUCGGAUUUGGACUCCCGGUACCGGUCUUACACACCCAUAGCAGCAAAUGGACACCAGUUUCACAGGCCGUUUUUAGGACCGAGUCUCGGGCCCCAUGGACCAUAUUGGCAGCCAACGAUCUAUCGUGUCUGAUCUUUGGUGUGACACAAGCGGAGCUCCGCAGGUUAAGUAUUCUUGAAGUCGUACAGAAAGACCGCAGACAGUGGCUAGAAUCUAAGCUACGGGAUCCCUCUACCGAUGUUGCGGCCAAGCUCCCGGAGAGACCCCGUAUGACGCCUGUUAAUCCCAAAUCUAUGGGGAUGGGAAAUGGCGUUACAGCUCAGCUUCUUAGCAAACCGCCUUCUCGAGCAAGGAGGGCACAGACUGACGAUGGCUAUGGUUCCAGUAAACGAAUGCCUCAGCCCCUUAAUCACCCAUCUACCAAGUCACGCGGGGUCCUUCUAUGCGGGGAUGUGGUUCCGAUCCUGAAGCGCAAUGGAGCAAGAGGUUCUGCAAGUGUCUGGGUUAUGGAGAAGCGAGGUGGACUAAUCUGGGUAAUUGAGGAGAUUCAAGAGGAUGUCGCUUACAUCCGUUGCGACAAGUCCUGGAAUAUUACAGAGACCGAUGGGGAUACUGACAAAUUCUGGGGCCGGGACGUGGUCAUGCCCGGCAAACCGAUCUCAGACAUUCUUCCUCGUAUUUCUAAAGAGUGUUUAGAAGGCCCGGUUGAUCAAGGUUUGGCGAAGCUUUCUGAAUUGAAGUAUUUCGCUGCGCAGACCACUGCGGGGACUUGUUUCCCAGUCACUGUUGCACAAGAUACAACAUCGGAUAGUUUACGGAUAUCAAGCUUCCCUCAUGUUGCAGGUAUGAUGGUGCUCGCAUCGUCGACACUGAAAGUUAUCAGUUCGAACUCAGCGUUUUCUGCGGCUUUGUUUGGUCAUGAGCGCCCGGAAGGACUCCAUGUUAACGAGCUGAUCCCCGGAUUUGACGAUUACUUGAGCGUGCUUACUGAGGAAGAGGAUGUAUCUCUAGAGGAUGGAAUUGUGAUCCCUGAGCCUAGCUUCCGAAGGGCACGAACCCUAUCAAUCCUUCGGGAAGGGAAAGCCAACGUUGCCUCAGUCUUUCUCGAACCUAAUGGCCUUACGGCCAAUCACCGUGAUGGCUCGACCAUUACCGUGGAUGUUCAGCUGCGCGUGGUCAAAAGCGGAACAAUUUUCCCAAAGCAGGACGAUCAAAGUCCGAGUAACGACGGUGAUGCUGACUCCGAAAAUGAUGACACUUUCGCCGUAGCUGAAUUGGUUUAUGCACUAUGGGUCACGUACUCGAGACAAAUCCAUGCUGCGGGUCUCUCUUCUCCACCUCGGACUGAGUCUCGGGUGAGAAGCCCCUCGGUUGCCCCGGGAACCAGCCUACAGUCCCAUUUACCACCCUUGAACACGGAGCAGACAUCCGUGGAGACCCGAAUACCGACAUCGACAUUGAGUCAGCAGCUAAGUGAGGCGGCAUCAGAGCCGCUCACUGACAAACCCGUACAGCUUGUACCAGAGGUAAAGUCUGUGAACGCAAAAGAGUCCCCCAAGAAAAGGACGAUCACCGACUAUGUGAUCAUCGAGGAGAUGGGUCAAGGGGCAUAUGGGGAGGUGAAACUUGCCCGUCUGAAGAAGAAUGCCGCUAAGAAGGUCGUAUUGAAGUAUGUCACGAAGAAGAGGAUUCUCGUGGAUACUUGGACUCGUGACCGCCGCCUAGGUACGGUCCCGUUGGAAAUCCAUGUCCUGGAUUACCUUCGGCGAGAUGGCUUCAAACACCCCAAUAUUGUGGAAAUGGAAGGGUUUUUUGAGGAUGAUGUCAAUUAUUAUAUCGAGAUGAUGCCACACGGGCUCCCUGGUAUGGAUCUCUUCGACUACAUCGAGUUGAAAGCGAACAUGGAUGAAUCCGAGUGCAGAAACAUCUUCCGGCAGGUUGUCGAUGCUAUCCACCACCUUCACACGAAAGCCUUAGUUGUUCACCGUGACAUCAAAGAUGAAAAUGUGAUUCUCGACGGGGAAGGCAGGAUCAAGCUGAUCGAUUUCGGAAGCGCCGCUUACAUCAAAAAUGGACCGUUCGAUGUCUUUGUGGGAACAAUUGACUAUGCGGCGCCUGAAGUCCUCCAAGGCAAAUCCUACCGAGGCAAAGAGCAAGAUAUCUGGGCUCUUGGCAUUCUUCUUUACACAAUCGUUUAUAAAGAAAACCCAUUCUAUAACGUCGAUGAGAUUCUGGACCACCCGCUUCGAAUCCCAUUCCUGCCGUUUUCGGAGGAUUGUAUUGACUUGAUCAGGCGGAUGCUCGACCGAGACGUCGACAGCCGUCUCACUAUCACCGAGGUUAUAGAGCAUCCAUGGAUGACUGACAGCGAAUAG